CGUUUUUACACCAAGUUUUCACAUUAAUUUCUAGAUUCUUAGAUUCUUACUUCUACCAAAGCAUUGAUUUUCUUAUGAUCUUAAAAUAAAGUAAUUAUUUAGUUAGUUUAAUAAAAUGGCUGUUGAAAAACGAAAUAUUGCAGCAAUACCAAAGAAGUCACGAUUGGAAAUGAACGUUCGUCAGCUGUUAAAUAAGUGUGAACUGAUUGCGAAGCAAGAGCCGAUCGAUUCAAAUUGGAGAUUGAAGAAAUAUGUAGAUUCGUUGGCUGAAAUGUUAACCGAAUUGAAAACAGGACCCGAUAAACCUGGGAAGGAUGUAUUGGCCGAAUAUUCUAAAAGAACUGCAUUUUUAAAAGGUCUGAUUCAAACAGCUACUUUGAAUAGUCCUAUUGAGAAAUUGGAGGCUGUGCAACUUUUAUCGCAUGGUGCAGCCACUAUGUGUGCAGAUGCUUCAGCUCAAGAAAUACAUCAGAAGACUGUUGCAAAAUAUGGAGAUGAAUUGAGAUCAGAACUCUUUGGACUAGAAGAUCCUGAUGACACACUUCGUAAAAGAAACAUUAUUAAAGCACCCAACUUCACAAGCAACAGCAGCAGUCAGGAAGAUAUUGACUCUCUGCUGAAGUAUCACCAAAACAUGCAGGAGAAAGUUGCAGAAAAUAUGGUGAUGCUCACUAGAAGCUUGAAGGAGCAGUCACAAAUUGCAAGUACUAUCAUCAAAGCAGAUACCGAGGCAUUGAAAAAAUCAUCAGAUCUAACAGACCGGAAUGUAAUGACUCUGAAAAAGGAAUCUGACAGACUUCAGGAACAUAGCAAGAGUGCAUGGAAAUGCUGGCUAUGGCUUAUGUUGGCAGUAGUAAUGGCUAUUUUUAUAAAUAUGGUGUUAUUCAUGAAGGUAAUGAAGAAGAGAAAAUUAGAUGUAUAAUUAAGGAGGUAUGUUUUUAUAGAUAAAUUAGUAUUGGAAGAAAAUAUUAAUUGUAAAUUCAAGUUGAAGAAUAAUUUAUUAAUAUUAUGUUG